AUGUCUGCAAUGACACACCAAGAUACAGAAAUCCAAAUAGCAGCAAAAACUCAAAACCUUCGAAGACUGGAGGCCCAACGUAACUCUUUGAACUCCAAGGUCAGAGCUUUGAAGGACGAAUUGAAACUGCUUCAAGAGCCCGGUUCGUAUGUCGGUGAGGUGGUUAAAGUAAUGGGAAAGAAGAAAGUUUUAGUCAAGAUCCAUCCCGAAGGAAAGUAUAUCGUCAAUCUAGCACCAGAUAUUGACAUCAAGAAGAUCUCGCCCAGCUUGCGAGUUUGUCUAAAGAGCGAUACUUAUGAAUUGCAUCAGAUUUUGCCUAAUAAAGUCGAUCCAUUAGUGUCCCUAAUGAUGGUGGAAAAGGUUCCAGAUUCAACCUACGACAUGGUUGGUGGUUUGGAUCAGCAAAUCAAAGAAAUCAAGGAAGUUAUAGAGUUACCAGUUAAACAUCCCGAAUUGUUUGAAUCACUGGGUAUUGCUCAGCCUAAGGGUGUCAUUCUGUACGGCCCUCCAGGUACAGGUAAGACGUUAUUGGCUAGAGCUGUAGCACAUCACACAGAGUGCAAGUUUAUCAGAGUCUCGGGGUCAGAACUAGUCCAGAAAUACAUUGGUGAAGGUUCCAGAAUGGUUAGGGAAUUAUUCAUUAUGGCUAGAGAACAUGCUCCGUCUAUUAUAUUUAUGGAUGAAAUUGACUCCAUUGGUUCGUCAAGAGUGGAAAGUUCCUCUGGAGGAGGCGAUUCUGAAGUUCAAAGAACCAUGUUGGAGCUUCUUAAUCAAUUAGACGGUUUUGAAUCUUCCAAAGACAUCAAAAUUAUUAUGGCCACCAACAGAUUGGACAUCUUGGAUCCUGCUCUGUUAAGACCGGGUAGAAUUGACCGUAAGAUUGAAUUCCCGCCUCCUACUAUUGCCGCUAGAACCGACAUUCUUAAGAUUCACUCUCGUUCCAUGAAUUUGACCCGUGGAAUCGAUCUUAAGAAAAUUGCUGAAAAAAUGAACGGUUGUUCAGGUGCAGAUGUAAAAGGUGUAUGCACAGAGGCAGGAAUGUAUGCCCUGAGAGAACGCAGGAUACACGUAACUCAGGAGGAUUUUGAACUCGCAGUUGCCAAGGUCAUGUCCAAGAAUGAUGAAGGUGCAGUUUCUCUAGCUAAAUUGUUUAAAUAA